UGACAUCGAAAAAUGUUCACGAAAGAAUCAGAAAUAUCUUCCAUCAUACACUGUACUGUCAAUAUUUCAACUUCCAAAGAAUACCUACUUCAUCGUGUUAAAGAUUUUGUCAGUAUGUAGUGUAUUACAUCUCCAUACUAUGUUAGGCGGUACGGAGUUACAAGAUAAAAUGACAUUGGACAAGAUUGACGUGAAAAAUGGACAGAAAGUGCUGUUUUUAUGGUCAGGAAGCCAGCCACCCGAAAGCUUCAAAAAUGUCAUUGAAUCGCUUAACAAACUUGUAGGUGAUUCUGGCAAAAUACAACCAGAGCAUAUUGAAAGACUGGCAAUGUCAUCUCAUCCCGACUCCACAUUUGAUGUUGUGGUGUCAGGAUUACUACAGCCAUCUAGUGCUCUGCAUAACACUGACUGUCUUGGAGAGAUCUGUCGCAUCCUUAAACCAAAAGGGACAUUCUUUAUUUUUGAACCGACUGUAUCAUCAGAAAUAACAGAUUCUAAAGUUAGAACAACAGAAAAACUAUCAUCUGCCUUAAAACUGUCCGGAUUUGUUAAUAUAUCUGAGCCUGUUACUUCAGAUUUGACAAAUGAAGACAAACAGGGGUUGCAGUCAAGCUUACAGUUAUCAGAUGUUGCCAUCUCACACUGUGUGUGUUUCAAGCCUGGAUAUGAAGUUGGUUCCUCCUCUCAGCUUAAAAUUUCUUUUGGAAAAAAGAAAGUUGAACGUAAAGUGGAUGAAAAUGUUGCACAAGUGUGGAAAUUGUCAAGUAUGGAUAUUAUGGAUGAGGAAGUAGAGAUGGUAGAUGAUGAUGAACUGUUGGACGAGGAUGAUUUAAAGAAGCCAGAUCCAGCCUCUCUAAAGGCUGAUUGUGGGGGCAGAGCAAAAAAGAAGGCUUGUAAGAAUUGCUCGUGUGGUCUAGCAGAGGAAUUGGAAGGUCUGGCACCAAAACCUAAAACAGCCACUUCUGCCUGUGGAAGUUGUUACCUUGGAGAUGCUUUCCGCUGUGCCAGCUGUCCAUACCUAGGAAUGCCAGCGUUCAAGCCAGGAGAGAAGGUGACGCUGAAUGAACGACAACUAAAAGCAGAUGCCUGAUCUUAGUCCGAUUUUGUAAUGAAAUCCUUGGACUAUGAUGAUGAUUGUGAUUGUAGGAAGUUGUUUGGACUGUCAGUAAAGAUGUUAGUACUUUGGCUAAAAGCCUUCUCUACUGGUGUAAACAGAAAUCAUGACAUAAGCGAAUGCUAGUCUUAUGUUUUGUAUAACUUCGGAACAGUACCAUGUAUAUGCAUAUGUAAUAUAAUGAUAUAAUAUGCUCUCAGUUUGAAAAGUUUAAAAAGUUUUAAAAGGGGUCAAUCAACGGAGGGUAAAAUAAAAGGGGGGGGGGGGGGGGGGGGGGAGUUAAAAAGUGACAGAUGAGUAAAACAACCUCAGAUUAAUAUCUAAUUAGAAUCAUGUAGAUGGGAAAUAUUAGCAGUUUAUAUUAGUAUAUGCUAUAUGAUUCCAACAAUACAAAACAUGUCAUUAAUAUAUCAUUCAUGGCUGUUCGGUAACAAGUCAUAUGUGUGUGAACUUCUCCCAUAUUUUAUUAUUGUAGUCUACUUGUUGCUGUUAAUGUCUUUUGUCAAUGGUAUAUAAAUUCCCUGGUAAUGGUAACCAUCAUAUAUAAUCAUGUGCAGUAUAGUAUGACUACAGUAUCAAAAUUUGAACUAAACAUUAAACUCACUAUACAUGUUGUCCAACAUCAUGUGGUUUUAAAUUAUGAUAAAAGAAGAAAAUUGCCUGGAAUACGAGAUUGUAGGAGAUUUGUAGAGAAUCGGAAGUUGUCUCCCUUCGGACACAGAAGCGCCAAUAAAAGAAUGAGAAAGUCA